AUGGAAAGAAAAUAUGGUGACAAUGUAAUGAAUGGAACUCAAAGGAGCAUUAGUUCAAAUGCCUGUAAAAUUCUGGUGGAAGGGGGGAGUAAUCUAAGGAUGGCGGUGCGUUGGAAGGUGGGGAAGGGAGAUAAAAUCCAUAUUCUGAAUGACACUUGGAUGCUUGAUAGAUGCAUCAAUCGUUGGCCUACUUUUGUGGACUGCAACUUCCUGGAUGGUAAAAAUGUGCAGCAACUGAUUCUAUCUAAUGGUAUGUGGAAUUGUGAAUUGUUACAAAGACCAUUUCAUCCAUACCUUAUUUCUUUAAUCACUCAAGUUGCAAUUGAGUAUGAUGGUGAGGACCAGAUGGUGUUGAUGAAGAUGUGUUCGGGGAAGACAGUGUCUGCAAUGGUAUAUGAACAAAUGUGGAUUAAUAAAUGCAAUUUAGAGGAUGUGGAAUAUUUCAGCUGGGUAAAUAAGUUGAACAUGAGCAAGAACAUUGAAGUUUUCUGGUGGAGACAUGGUAAAUCAGCUAUACCAACUAAUAUGUUUCUUAUGAACCGCAAAAUCUCAGAUAAUUCCCUUUGUCCUAGAGGUUUCCAAGCUAAUGAAACGUAUGAGCACAUUAUGGUACAAUGUAAGUAUCUGAUCGAAAUCAUUAUGAAGCUGCGGGAGUGGGGAAUUUUUAUUCCUAUUUUCCAUUCGCUGGAUUGUUGUUUGGAGAAAUUAAGGAAGAUGUCUGCCCAGAAUUCUGGAAUUGUUCGGGUGUAUUGUUCUAUUGUUUAUUAUUCUUGGAAGAACCGAAAUGAUAUUAAGCAUGGUAAGUCUGCUAUGCCAUGCUCCAUUAUUGUUGCUAAUGCUCUGUUUUAUGCAGUUUCCAAAUAUGGUCCAUUUCUUUCUAGCUGGGGUACUAAUCUCCUUAGGGAGUCUCAAAGAACUUGGUACCCUCCACCGAAAGAAUGGAUUAAGGUUAAUGUAGAUGCAUCUUUGACAAGCUCUAAUUUGGCUGGCAUUGGAGGAAUCUUUCGGGAUCACAAAGGACGGUUUAUUAGUGCAUUUGGAAAGAAUGGAAUUCAUUGGGAUAUUGGCCAUCUUGAGUUACAAGCUGUCCUCACGGUUAAAGAAUUUUUGAAGAAUUGGAUGUUGGAAUGUAAAGGGCUAAUCAUAGAGAGUGAUAAUAUCAAUAUUAUCAAAUUCAUUCAGAAAUUUUUAAAGGAGAAUAAGGAGAAUGUGGAGAAGUUGCCACACAAGAAUUUAUGUUUUUUAAAUGAUUUCAAUAAGGUUGUCUUCCUCCAUGCCUAUAGAAAUUGUAAUAAAGUAGCAAAUUGUUGUGCUACUAUGGCUUUGGAGAGUAGUUUUUUCUUUGAUAGCUUCUCUUUUGAUUGCAUUCCUUCCUUGUUGUUAGGUUUAAUCAAGGAGGAAUGUGAUCCCUUUAUUACUUGUACUUAG